UAACUCGCAAUAUAAAAACUUCUCACAGCAUAAAGUCAAAACUCCAUCUCCGCACGUCAUAUACACGUCUCCGUUCCAGUGACCCAAUUCCCCCAAAAAUAUUGUGCAUUACCAUAAUUCCGGCGAGAAAAAACUGAGAAUCCGUCGGACGGAAUGGAAAUCGGAGCCGGAGGAAAGUGCUCCAAGGUAUUAGCUUUGGUAGCUAUUUUAGUAUUCAGCUUCGUCAGCGACCUAUCGGCGUUAUCGGUGACGGUAAACGACGUAGAGUGCGUUCAGGAAUACGUGCUGUAUGAAGGCGAUACAAUUUCAGGGAACUUCGUUGUUGUAGAUCAUGAGAUCUUCUGGAGCUCGGAUCAUCCCGGCAUCGAUUUCACUGUGACAUCACCGGGAGGAAAUGUCGUUCACACAAUGAAGGGAACAUCAGGUGAUAAGUUUGAGUUCAAGGCCCCAAGGAGUGGGAUGUUCAAUUUCUGUUUUCAUAAUCCACAUUCAUCGCCAGAAACAGUCUCGUUCUACAUACAUAUUGGACACAUUUCCAAUGAGCAUGACCUUGCCAAAGAUGAACAUUUGGACCCCGUCAAUGUCAAAAUUGCCGAACUAAGAGAGGCAUUGGAGUCAGUUACAGCAGAGCAGAAUUACUUGAAAGCACGUGAUUCUCGUCAUCGUCGUACUAAUCAGAGCACAAGGGACCGUGUUAUAUUUUACACCGUCGCUGAGUAUAUUCUGCUUAUAUUAGCUAGCGGAGUACAAGUGAUGUACAUUCGAAGCUUAUUCAGUAAGUCCAUUGGUUAUAAUCGUAUCUGAUGACAAAUUUUACAAUGCUGCAUACGGUCUUUUUUCCGUUGUGGUCCUACAGGAACUUAAUUUAGUUGAGAGAAAAGUAUCAUUCUGGCAGGACUAUUUCUGAAUUAUUUCAAAAGAUCAAAUGUACUAAAGGUACUUUGUAGUUUGGAUGAAAUGUCUUGACAUUGGUUUAUGUUGUAUUUGAGUAAUUUACAACUGAUAAGUUCCAACUUUUACAAUUA